AUGGCCCCCUCUGCGAUCAGCGACCUCCUCCCCUCCGGGACCCUGCCCUCCAAGUCCGUCACGCCCGGCACGGAAGAACAUGUCCACGGCAUGGAAGACAAGUCCCCCUUGCAGGCCAUUUCUCACGGCGACGUGAUGUUGCCUGGGGUCCCCAAGUUCGAUAACUUCGCCGCCCAACGCCAAUGGCAACUUGAGCAUAUGGCCGCCGCUUUCCGCCACUGGGCACGAGAGGGAUUCGUGGAGGGCAUUUCAGGACAUAUCAGUGUGAGAGAUCCAGAGAACCAUGAGGUCUUCUGGACGAACCCCCUGGGCGUGCACUUCGGCCUCCUCAAAGCCAGCGACAUGAUCGCGGUGAACCUGUCGGGCAAGGUCGUGGGGGGCAACACCAGCCGACCGCCCAACGCCGCGGGCUUCUUGAUCCAUAGCGAAGUGCACAAGGCUCGCCCGGACGUGACGGCCAUCUGCCACGCUCACACCGUCUACGGCAAGGCCUGGUCCGUGUUCGGCCGGCCGCUGGAGAUGCUGACCCAGGACGCCUGCAAGUUCUACAACGCCCACUCGGUCUACAACUCGUACGGCGGCGUCGUGCUCGCGAGCGAGGAGGGCGCCCAGAUCGCCAAGGCCCUGGGCCCGACCAAUAAGGCCUGCAUCCUGCGGAACCACGGCCUGCUGACCGUCGGCAAGACUGUCGACGAAGCCGCCUUCCUGUUCCUCAGCAUGGAACAUGCCUGCCAGGGCCAGCUGCUGGCCGAGGCCGCGAGCCAAGGCGGAAACCUGCCCAAAAUCCUCAUCUCGGAGGAAGAGGCCGCGUACACGAACAAGAUGGAGAGCGACGAAGAGACCUGCUAUGCCGAGUUCCAGGCCUACGUAGACUGGGAGGAUUAUCACAGCAAGGGCGAGUUCAGGAAAUAG